UGCUAUUGUUGUAAAUACUGCAGUCCUCAUAUAUUUUCACUUUUGUCUUUUUCUUCCCCUAACUCAACAAAAUAUCAUCCACACAUGCUAAACAAAUUAACAGAGAAAUAAAGCAGAAAAAAUUGAACAGAGAGAAACCAAUUAUUCCCAUGGCACAAAUAUUUACACAAAUAUUAUUUCAAGAACCAAGUCCAAUCUUUAUCAAAGUCAUGAUAGUGAUGAAUUUAAUAAUAUCUGCAAUAUUGGGUAUUUCAGAAGCCACUGGCAAACAGAAUGUUGAGUAUUCAAAGUUCUGGAAUGUGAAUAAUCAGAAGCAAGUUAAAGCUAAAAUCCCAAGCAAAAUGGGGAUGAUUUUUGUUUAUAGUCCCAGUUUAAUAGCAUGUUUAAGCUUCUUUUGGAUCUUCCCAACUGGUGGAAUCAGAUUUUUCAUGCUCAAUUCUGCUAUGACCGUUCAUUUCUUCAAAAGAGUUCUUGAGGUUCUGUUUGUUCACAAAUACAGUGGUGGCAUGGUUCUUGGUUCAGUGCUCCUUAUUUCAUCUCUUUAUUUUUCGUUGGCUGUUGUCAUCGUCUUCACCCAACACUUAACUCUAGGAUAUACGGAGCCAGAAGUUGAUAUGAAGUAUAUCGGUUUACUGAUAUUCUUAGUCGGGAUCUGUGGCAACUUUUAUCAUCAUUAUCUCCUUUCCAAGCUCAGAGACCAGAGAGAGAAGGGCUAUAAAAUUCCCCAAGGUGGCCUUUUCAGUGUGGUCAUAUGCCCUCAUUAUCUUUUCGAGAUUCUUGGCUUUAUAGGGAUUUCAUUCAUCUCCCAGACAUCAUUUUCGUUUUCCUCUGCUGUGGGUGUAACUUUGUAUCUGGUGGGAAGAAGCUAUGUUACUAGGAAAUGGUACCUUUCCAAAUUUGAAAAUUUUCCUAAGAAUGGUAAAGGCUCUGAUUCCAUUUGUUUUCUAGAAAAAGAAUGAUGUACUUCGUCUCAAAGUUCCACUAUGUAAUAACACUUUUACCAUGUAUGAAAUUGUUAGCAGCACAAUUUGUAACCUGUUUUAUAAACUUAUCCAUCACUGACUUUGACUUGGAACAAUGUGAAAUAUACCGCAGGCAGUAUAAUUGCUUUGAGCAUU